CCGGACCCGCAGCCGUCGCCCCCCCCACCGCUCGCCGCCAAUGUCUGACUCUGCCCCGCGGACUGAGAAGCGCAAGAAAAAAAGACCAAAUGGCCAAGCAACCGUCCGACCUAAAUUCUGAACGUGACAGCGAGGGCGGACAGUUGGAGCCCGCAGAGGGGCCAGCCGAGCCCCAGCAAUUCCGACCGGGGGCACCUACCUCUCUCCGAACGCGGCGUCAAGGUAAUCUCUCAGGCGAAGGGGAAUGCCGUUCUCCCGGCGGCGUUGGCGGCGUUCAGCAGGGCCCGUUGGCACCGUCCACUAGCCCCAGGCCGUUCGCCACCAGAUCCCCGCUUUUCAUCUUUGUCCGAAGAUCGCCACUGCUGUCUAGAUCCUCCAGCGGGUAUUUCUCUUUUGACACAGACAGGAGCCCUCCGCCCGUGAGUUGCGAUAAGGCGACCCAGACCCCCAGUCCUCACUGUCAAGCCUUCAAUCAUUAUCUAAGUGCAAUGGCUUCCAUUAGACAGCCCCAGUCUGUUCCUGAAGAUAUGCGGCCAGAAAUAUGGAUUGCCCAGGAGUUACGACGCAUUGGAGACGAGUUUAAUGCUUCCUAUUGUCCAAGAAGGGGUUUCUUGGAUAAUAAUUCCGGCAGGAAACCACCACCAAAUGGGUUUUGUGCAUCUGUUACGUUACAUCAUCCGCCUCGUUUGGAGACUGCAGUGACUGUUUCUUGGAGAAGCGAAGACCCCCGGGUGUUCUCAUCCUCAGCGGAGCAAACCAGAGCGGCGGUAGCUUCUCCAAUCUACAACUAUGCAAUCGACAGGCUCCGUUCCUCAUGGAUAAGCGCAGAGGGGCGGAGGAAACUUCAGCCAUCUGAGAUACCAGCUCACGGCUUUGGUAGUGUGGAUCCCAGUGUGACGGAGGCUUUUUUGGAAAAUGGGAGUCGGUGGUGAAUGUAAAUGAUGGAUUUUUAGAAGUGGGCAAAUCACCGUUCUGGGAAGCCGGAGUUUUCUUUGCCAAGAAGCGGGGUUUACAUUUGUGAUGAUCAACUUCUUCAAGAUCAUGUUGUCAGAAAAGAAAUGGAAACCCUCGUGGACAAACUCAUGAAUGAUUUUUAUAGCAAGUUCUAAAAUGCUUGUUUCCAAGAUGAUUUAUACGAGUGUAUAUAUAAAUCUCCGAUGGCUUAAACUAAGACAGCUCGAUUACGAAGCUGGCUUGGUUCUUUUUUUUUUUUUUUAAUGUACAAAGUUUUUUUUAAAGCAGGGAGAAGAGUUCAAAUCCUGCCGCCUCCAUCUUUGGCUCUUCGUGUCACGCUGUUCGUAAUUAUGGAGCUAGUGAACAAGAGAAGAACCUGGGCAGGUUAUACGGACUUCUUCCUUUGUAAAUAUUUCAUCCCCUCCUUCAUCCCAGACCUCACCUACAAGCAGCCUGUAGACUUCAAUUCCCAAACCUCAGUUAAGUCCUACCCCCUAACGCCAUUCUUCUUUCAGGAGGCUUCUCAUUCAUUUAAUCCAUUAGCCGACACCUCAAAAGCUUCAGUUGAAAAGUGCUCUAAACAUUUUUCCUAGUUUGAUCGAUUUAAUUUUUUACUUUAGGCCAGAUGGAAUUCAGUUGACUCUUAAAAUCCCUUCUGUAAUUGCAGCCCCGUCCAGACAGGCUCCGUGACACAUGCGCCACGAGCUUCAAAAGUGCUCGGAGAUCUCAAAGGAUCCAUAGCACUGGCCCAGUGCUCUGCACACAGUAAGCGCUCAGUAAUUACGAUUGGAAGACUAGCAGGCACGGCAGAAUAGUAAGACCGUGGAUGAUUAACCCACAGAUCAGUUUGAAGAGAAUCUGCCGCUGAUUUGCCAGAAUCUAACAUCAAGGGAAGUGAUAGAAGAGGCUGAAGGUGAUGAAAUAUUGUGUAUUUGUGAUGUCUCCAAGGCCUCAAAGCUUGGAGACUCUAUAAUUUGCACAACAGCAUGAGCCAUCCAACUAUCAGGAGCCUGCUU